UUCCGGUUUCGCGCGUCCUGUCUGUCUCUCUUGCGUCUCCGUAGUUAUGGUUUGUUCAUUUUACCGGACAGUGUGUUGUUUAGUUAACGUUAGCUAGCCUACCUCAUAACGCCAAACGAAUUGUAAUGGUAACGUGUAAGAGGUGAUUUCAACAGUUUUAAACAUGUCAGAGAAAGGCGAAGUGGACUUAACUGGUGCUAAACAGAACACGGGCGUGUGGCUGGUAAAGGUGCCCAAAUACCUGUCACAGCAAUGGGCCAAAGCAUCAGGAAGAGGAGAGGUGGGGAAGCUCCGGAUCGGCAAGAACCAAGGGAAAGCAGAGGUGGCAUUCACUCUGAACGAAGACCUGACCAUGAUUGACAGCCUCGGGGACAAGCCAUCGGGGGUGCAGGCCCCCAGGGACCACCCGUUCACCAUGCAGACUGUAGGAGGACAGACCCUGGCCGUGUUCACUGAGACCCAGUCAGAGUCAUCUAAGGGCCAGUCAGAAGAGAGAUCUGAUGGCAGCACCUCAGUUUCGGGGGCAGGGACAGGCCCAGAGAGAAUCUCCCUGGAGGGCCUGGUGGUGCAGAGAGCUGAGUGUAGACCUGCUGUCAGCGAGAGCUACAUGAAACUCAAGAGACUGCAGAUAGAAGAGUUAUCCAAGCCAUUGAGAUUGUCUCAGCAACUAGAAAAGGCUGUUACCACCAACUACAAACCAGUGGCCAAUCAUUCCUACAACCUGGAGUAUGACAGGAAGAAGAAGGACGAAGGUAAAAGAGCGAGGGCCGAUAAGCAGCAGGUGUUGGACAUGUUGUUCUCGGCUUUUGAGAAACACCAAUAUUACAACAUCAAGGACCUGGUGGACAUCACCAAACAACCUGUGAGUUACCUGAAAGAGAUUCUGCGUGACAUCGGCAUCUACAAUGUGAAGGGAACCCACAAGAACACGUGGGAGCUCAAGCCAGAGUACAGACAUUACCAGGGAGGAGAGGAUGAGGCUGACGACUAGCCUGGUCUGGGGCCCCACCACCAGCCUGGUCUGGAGCCCCACCACUAGGAGAAGGACGACUAGCCUGGUCUGGGGGCUCCAGCCUCCUAGAGGUCACCACUAGGAGAAGGACGACUAGCCUGGUCUGGGGCCUCACCACCAGCCUGGUCUGGAGCCCCACCACCAGGAGAAGGACGACUAGCCUGGUCUGGGGCCCCACCACUAGGAGAAGGACGACUAGCCUGGUCUGGGGCCUCACCACUAGGAGAAGGACGACUAGCCUGGUCUGGGGCCUCCCUAGAGAGCUCACCAGUAGAUGGGAGUGUUGUUUUGGUUUUUUAUAGACUUCAAAAUGUUUUUUUUUAAUGAUGCAGAGAAGUAAAGUUGUCAAGCUUCUGAUGUGUUGAGUUGGCCAGUUAGGACCAAAUCACUGGCCUUAUACUACAUGUCGGUGAAGUCCCAAGUGGCACCCUGUUCCCUAUAUAGUGCACUACUUUCAAACCAGGACCCCGGUCAAAUUUAGUGCACUAUUUAGGGAAUAGGGUGCCACUUGAGGACACAUUUGAAGGAUUCCUAUUAUUCUGAGCAGUGAGGUGCUUUAGGUUCAUCUCACCUGGGCCACUAUGAGCCGGUUUAUUCCUGUGUUUGUUAUCUGACUGUUUUACAUUCAAUCAGGGAUCCUUCAGAAGUGUUCUGCUUACAGAUACACGGCAACCAAGGGUCAAUACGUACAAGUUGUUUUUAAUGGACUGUUGGAAUAAAAAAAUUCAAUGUUUUGUAAAAAUG